CUACUGGGACAUCAACACAGUGCCCUUGCAGCUACAGCCUCCUGCCAAGUUAUAUUAUGGCGAGGUUGUGGCAGCCGCCGACUGACAAGCAUUAAAUUAAGCUUCACCCUUGAGCACGACACUAUUUUGAGCUCUCGCUACCACGCGACAAUAUACCACGCUCUUCCCAUACGACGGUUCCAUAUGAGAUUCCUGCCGCUGUGUAUCUCGUCGAGUAACACCAUUGGCGUCGCCGCAAACGUCUCGAGCUCUUGGAUGCUAUUUUCAGGCCCAAGACCCCAGGAUCACUUAACGACUCAAUUCAAAGGCAAUAUACUUAGCCGUACUCACACGUUUUUUGCCUCCCAGAGUCACCGGAAGCCAGGCCUGGGACCUUGCCGACGAUACCAACCGCUAACCCAGGAGGCGUCAUCUGAUUCUCUCUUCGUGAUGCUAAGGCAGCAUUCCAGUCCCCAGGCUCGUAUUGUAGAUUUGAUCUCUCGGCCUCACAACGCCAAAACGUGCCUUGAAUCUUGGGAUAUCUUCCAAUCGGUUGUUGCACCCGUCUCGAGUCUGGUACUACGCAUGGCUACCGGCGUUGCAGCAAAGCUUGACCGGGUUAUGGACUCUUCCCGUUCCGGACAAUCGAUAUGGAAUACCCCUCACGUCGGAACGCUGGAACAUGGGAUUGUGCUCGAAUACGGGCUGUCUAACUACUAGGAGAUGUUCGGGCAGCUGUAGACCUUCGAAGUUCAGGAGCCGUGGCAAAAUAGGUGAAGUGUUUGCGGACGGUGGAAGCAUGUCCUUGGACAACACGAGCUCUCUGAAGCCGUAUACAUGCCUUCUGGACCUAUGACUCUGUGCCGGGCCGCCGGACCACCCGUACUGCAAAUUGAGAAUACGCCUUGGCAGCUACUAUCGUC